AUGGCUCGAGAGAUGCAUACGUUACCAUUCAAAACUCUUCAUUCUCAUGCUAAUUUAGCUUUAUUACCGUUAUCCACAAGUGAUUAUGAUAUGAAAGCUAGCUUCGGAAAACAGGAAAAUGAGUACUCGAGAAUCGUUUCGAAGUCUAGUAAUCGGCUCUUGAAUGAGUUAUGGGAAAAGAAAAAGAUACCCGCUGAAGGAUGGUCUGAGCAUCAGCUCGAGUUGUUCCUUGCUUGGUUGGCCUGUCACGACUCGAAUAAUCGUGUUGAUACUACGCCGAUUGGUGCAGGUGAAAGAGAAGGUCGCGUAUCAUGCCCGUUUGUUCAACGUCUCCACUGCAAUAUGUCUCAUGGGAUCGGUCGCAGUGGUAAUUUAUGUGAAAUUCAACCAAAAGCUUUGGGAUCAUCAAUGAUGGCUUGUUUGGCGAAUGAAUUUGCUCUUCAUGCUCUUCAUGAACUAGGACUUCAUAGUGUGAAAUCUGCUAUGGUGGUGCCCCUCUGUACGGGCAUGUCUUUGUCCUUAUGUAUGGGUUCAUGGAGAUCCUUACGACCGGAAGCUAAGUAUGUGGUCUGGCUGAGAAUUGAUCAAAAAAGUUGUUUCAAAUCUAUUAUACAUGCGGGCUUCAAACCGAUUAUUGUUGAACCGAAACGAGAGGAGGAUGCUUUAGUAACUGAUGUAGAAGCAGUGAAUACAAUACUAGAAAGAAGAUCCAAAGAGAUUUUGUGUGUUAUGUCAACAAUGUCCUGCUUUGCUCCCAGAUCACCUGAUUCAGUCGAAGCGAUUGCGGCUAUAUGCCAAUUAUAUAAUGUUCCUCAUUUAGUGAAUAAUGCUUAUGGCUUACAAAGUGAAGAAUGUCGUAGACGAAUAAAUUCGGCGAAGUCAUCUGGCCGGAUUGAUGCAAUAGUGCAAUCACUAGAUAAAAACUUUCAAGUUCCUGUUGGUGGAGCUAUUAUCGCUGUUUGCAAGAAGAAUAGCUUAAACAAUAUUGCAGAGUUCUAUCCAGGAAGAGCAUCAGCAGUUCCAUCAAGAGAUUUCGUUUUGACAAUGCUUCAUCAGGGAAUCAAAGGACUAAUGAAUACGUUCGAGACACAGCAACAACUUUUUCACAAAAUGAAACGAGAGUUGAGAUCUUUUGCUGAGUUGAUUGGAGAAUGUGUUUAUGAAGUCGAUGACAACCAAAUCAGUUUAGCUAUGACUCUCUCUUCGAUCUCAGCUGAAGAUCAAACGCUUUUUGGUUCCGUUUUGUUUUCACGUGGAAUAACAGGAGCGAGAGUAGUGGCUAGCACAACAACAGCAUCUGCGAUUGCUGGUGAAGAGUUUCUCAACUUUGGAUCUCAUACUUCAGAGCUACAUGGAGGGUACCUUAACAUCGCCUGUGGAGUUGGAAUGUCAGAUGACGAGUUGGACAACUUGUUUGCCAAACUCAGAAAUACUUACUUUAAAUUUUUAAAACAGAGACGCUAUACAAGUCCAGUUACAUCAUUGGAUAAUAACAUUUGUGAUACUGCCUAUGGGUUCCUUUAA